GUUGUUUAUUCCGCACUUCCAUAUUUUACAGGACACGUUUUCGACUCUUUAAUUUUAUAAUCCAUCAAAUUAUCCACUGCUUUCAAAUAUGAAACCCAAAAAGGUAAAAUUUACAAGAAUGAUAUACAAGUGAUGAGAUGUAUGAGAGUUUAAGCGGACAUUUUAUGACUUCUUAUAACAACAACAGUCUUUGUAACGAUGAUAGCAGACUUGCCCCAUGUUACAAAAGUAACCAAUUAUCGAUUCUAACAGUUAAAGUAUUUUAAAUGGUUUGAUUACACUACAUUACUAUUCUUUUGACUUUGAAAAUGAUACUCCACAAAGGGCCUACUAUUUUGGUUGAUUUAAUAUUAAAUUUAAAUUGGUAUAUUUUGUCUAGUCUAUACUAUACUCUAUGACUGUGCCUGAGUGUUUCAAAAUUUGAAUUUGAUUACUUUGUAAUUGUGAACUUUGUCCCAUUCGUUAAAAGUAAAAUGUUAUUGAUUGGCAUAUUAGUGAUUUUAUUUAAAUUGUCUCUCACCAGAACUAAUCUAAUCCAAUAUACUCUUUGAGUCUUUAUCAUACACUUUGUGUUUGUCUUAUUAAAGUUAUUCAAUCUUAUCUUUUACUUUUAGACCAUUUAUUAUUUUAUACGAAGUGUCUACACUUCUGGUGCGCCGGACAAAUAGUGCAGGAGAUAUACGUCCGGUGGGCAUGUCACAUGACCGCCGGACCACUGGAAGGCUCACUAUUAACCUCACUAUUAUUUUUUUAGCAUUCGUAUUUUUUAUUACCGUAAUUCUCUCUCCCUCUCAGCAUUGCUUCCUUCUAGAAUGCAUUAUUGCUUAAGUCCCACUUUGUUUUGGUAAUAUACCGAAGUAUUUUGUUCUAUUAUUUGUUUGCAAGAUACUCAGUACAUUACUUGGUAGAGAAAUUGAAAUAGAUUUUAAAAUUAACAAUAGUUUUGAAUCAUUCGCGGUCACGUGACAGGGCUGACGGACAAAUAUCUCGCGUCAUUUCUUACGGCGGUCAUGUGACUUGGUCGCCGGACAAAGAGUGCCUAUUUUAUAUUAAAUCAAUCCUUAAUUUUGUUUAUAUUAUUAAUUUAACUUAAGGUGGUCCACGGGGGAAAAUAUCGAUAUUUAUAUAAUUUUUAUCAAAAAUGAGAUUAUGGUGAAUUUUACUAGAUAAACAUCUAAGGAACAUUUUGGUUUUUACCAUUUUCAUUAAAAAAUAAUUUAAAGUUGUUAAAAAUGUAUUUUAAAGUAGCAUGGUAGGAGCAAAUUUUGACUUCUGGGGCAAAAUUCAAGCCCCAUUGACCCCCUGGCGCACCCUUCGCUUUUACAAUAUAAUUACAACGCAAUAUAGUCAUAUUUGGUAUCGAUGGAAAGCUUAGCCUCUCUACUCGGUAAUGGUAUCGCCCACUAAAAUGUUCAGAAAUAAGGCUGGCGGGAGCUCUUUGUUCCACAAAGCCUCUAUAUUUUCGCUCGAACAAAUUUUCUUAUUGGUCGAGAUUCAAAGUUUCAAUAAAUCGGAUAUUGUCAUUGGUCAGCUAUUUUUAGACUUCAUCAACAAGUCAGAAAUCUAUCCCACAAUGCAAUAGCCGUCUCCCAAAUUCAUUGUGUCCAGUUAGCGUAACCUUUUAUCGAUCGAUCGACGUUACUUUUGCAGUCUUCAAAUAAAUUCAAAUUUGAACUUAUUUUCUUGCUUUAAAAAGGUAAGUUGAAUUAAUUAUUGUAUAAUGUAAUUUAUAAUACAUAGUUUUAGCUAGUUUUAGGCGUUCCACCGAAUGUUGAGCUAGGUUUUGUCAGACAGUAGGCUUGGGCUUAGUAAUAAAAUCGGAGUAACGCACUCGAGUCUUGUGUGCGUAAAGUAAAAGCUUUUGAUUAGAAAAGAUUCUUUAUGCCUAAUUAUAAAUUAGACGAAAUGACCCUAAUUUAUAAUUGUAUAUUUUAAUAUAACUAAACGUUCAAUAUUAUCUUUCAUUACUUUUGUGUCCAUACACAUGUCCAAAUAGGUUUCUAUGUUUCAAAAUUUUAUAGCGUUGUCAAUGAAAACAUUUCAGUCAUUUAUUUAGUAUUAUACCGGUAAUAAUAAAUCAAAAUGACUUUCAACGAAUGGUUGGAAUAAGCCUAGUUUUUCCAUUAAAUAUAUUUUUACAAAAAAAAUACAAAAAUAAUUAUAGAAAUUUACGAGUAUACCAUUCUUACAUUCUUAGUUGUUUUGUACCAGUAUUACCAAUGACAAUGCCUAAGUAAACCUUGCUAUUUUUUAAUGAUAAUACUAGUACUAAUAAAAAUAUUAUUUUGGUCUAAAUAGAAAAUGGCACCCUUGUCCAAGAAGUCCAAGAAAAUGCUGAUGAUGAGACAAGCGAAACAGGAAAAACAGAAGAGGGGCCACACAUCACCAGCUUCAUCGCCUGCUUCACCGCAAGCUCAACCACCCGCUUCACCGCAAGCUCAACCACCCGCUUCACUGCCAGCUUCUAGAUGUGAAGAUUCUGUGGCAUCAUCUGCUUCAAAAACAAAACUUCAUGCCUUUGAAUGUCAGCACAACUUAGGCCUCUCUGCCUCAUCUAUAAUGCAGGUAGAUGCCCUCCAGCCACUUUUUAAAAAAUUUUCAUGCCCUGAAUGCAAGGAGGGACACUUCGUGCUCCGCAGUGAUGACAAGAAACGUUCUGGACUAGCUUUGUUUUUGGAAGUGAUUUGUAAUGUAUGUGACUUCGUCAUCACAUCUUCUUAUACAUCAGUUGUGUGCACUGGCAAAACUUUUGAUGUCAACAAAAGAGCUGUGGCAGCAUCACUGGUGACUGGAUUGGGAUAUGCUGGUAUGGGGAAGUUUUUUGAAAUUAUUAAUGUUCCUAACAUUCAUCAAAAGACAUUCGACCAACAUGCUACCACCCUGCAUCAAUCACUACCAACCUACAAGGAUAAGUUGUUGGAGCUUGCAGUGGAUAAAGUGAAGGCAGCUUAUCCAGAACAAAACCAAGCAGGGGUAGUAGACAUUGAUGUGUCUUAUGAUGGAAGUUGGCAUACUCGCGGCCACAGCUCUAAAUCUGGCAUUGGUUGUGUCAUCGAGAACCGAACCGGCCUUGUUGUCGACUUUGAAUGUCUUUCAAAGUUUUGCCAGAGGUGUUCAACUACUGGUAAAAAGAUGCAAGAGGAAAGUAAGGAGAAAUUUACUUCCUGGAUGGCAAGUCACAAAAUAUCUUGUGAUAUUAAUCACACUGGAUCCAGUGGAAGUAUGGAACAACAAGCUGCUGUUGCAAUGUGGGGCAGGUCAGUUUCGAAACAUGGUUUACGUUAUCGUACUGUUGUGUCCGAUGGAGACACAAACACUAUCAAGUCGAUACACAAUUCUAAUCCGUAUCCCGGCUUGGUAGUGGAAAAGCACGAGUGCGUAAACCAUGUUUCGAAACGACUUGGAACUGCCUUGAGAACCCUGGUAGACACAAAAAAAAAACAGAAAAUUACGCUUGGUGGUAAGGGUGUUGGGCGCCUUACUCAAGACAAGAUCAAACGGCUACAGAAAUAUUUCACUAAGGCUGUUAGAUCCAACAAAAAUGUGGAAGACAUGAAGCGGGCAAUCUGGGCAGGAUUCUGGCAUUGCACUUCAACUGAUGAAGAACCACGCCAUGAUGACUGCCCCGAUGGUGAGACGUCCUGGUGUUUUUUCAAGAAGGCAGUGGCUAAAGGGUUAGUUAUUCCUAAACAUCUUUCACAUAUUUCAACAUACCUCAACCCAACUGUAGCUGAAUAUGUGAAAGAUGUUUAUGAAAGAAUGACUAACGAAGAUUUGCUACGUCGCUGCCUUCAGGGCAAAACCCAGAACGUCAAUGAGUGCAUCCACUCACUCAUAUGGUCCCGAUGCCCCAAACACAUUUUUGUGAAACGGUCAAGGCUGGAAAUUUCUGUAGCCGUGGGUGUUGGAGAAUUUAAUAUGGGUUCUAAGGCGUCCAAAGACUUCUUAUCAUCAGUUGGUUUGGGAAUAGGUCAUAUGACACAUCAGUUGGGGGUAAAGAGGGAUAAUGUUAGAGUUAGGAAAGCUGAGUCAUCUUUAAAAUUAAAUGUCAAGAGGAGGAGGGAGCUAAUUAGGGGGGCAGAGAAGAGGGAAUCAGAUAGGCUUUUAUUAGUAGAAGGGGGUGCACAGUAUUUAGCGGGUGGUUCUAAUGAUUUUUGAAUGUAAUUUAUGGGGAUGGGCUUUACAGUUUUCACUUUCAAUUAUUUUAUAUAUUAUCUAUAUACCUUUGAUUUUUUAAUUUACAAAUUGUGUAUGUACGCAUUUCAUUACAUCCUGAUUUACAGGUUCAUGUUUGGUGGCUCGCCAGAGCUUUGUUUCAAUUUUUUUUAUAUUAUUUAUGAAUAACUUCAAUAAGUGGAAUUUAGAAUAAUGAUGUGAAUUUAAUUUUAUCUUGCCUUUUUAUGUUUUUAAAUUGUAUUUUAUUUUUAAUGAAUGGUGUAUAUUUAUAAUUUAUACAACCAAUGCUCACAUAUCUGGUAAAAUUUUAAUUAACAAUUUUCAAAUCAUUUUUUGUUUUUCUCAACUUAUGUUUUUCAGUUUUUCUCUGACGUCAAAUGUAUCAGAAGGAAAAGUAUUAUGACUACAUACUUUAAAUUUUGCUUGCUUGUUGCUAUUGAUAUUCUCUACUUAUUGAUUGAUGUUUUUUUAACAAAAUACUCAUAAAAAAUUUUUUUUGAAUUUUUUAUUAUUAUAAUAUUUUUAUUGCGCUCGAGUGGUGGUUUCCGAAAAAAUGCAUUAAUUUAUUUUCUAUCUUUUAUGUCUAUGUUUUUAAAUUGAUUUUUCAUUCUUGUAUAGAAUAUGUGCAUGUUGUAUGCAUCCUAUAUUGUUCAUCUGUCCUGUAAUUUUUUUUAUCAACAUUUUUAGACUUCUUUUUUGAUUUUCUCAGCUUUGCGUUUUCCAGAAGUUUUUGGAACGCCAAAUGAUUCAGGAGGAAAAGUAUUCUAGAUACAGGCUUCAAACUUUGCAUGCUUCUUUUCAAUGAUAUUGUUUACAUGUUAGAAGAGGCUUUUUUAUAUAUAUCCAACUAGAAAAGUUUUAUAACAUUUUUACAUAUGGUACCCCUAAAAAUUUCUCGAAGAUUUAUGUCACCCCAAAUACAUGCCAUUUGUAACACUUCCAAUAACUGCAGUGUAAUAAGCUUCUUUAAACUUUUUGUCAAUGUUAUUCUUAAUGUGUAUGCAAAGUUUCAUUAUGAUAUUGCAAUAAACAAAUUGUUUGAUUCAUUUUGCGUGAAAGUCGAAAUUGGUAUAAAAUUUUCAAUUUUUUGCAAUAAAAGUCACAAAAAAUUUUUUUUAAAUAAACUUUUGUGUUUUUUUGGCUUUCUGUUUGUGUAUGGUUUGUUUGUACUAUUUUUUUUUUUUUUAAAUUAAGAAACAUAGAAAAAAAAUUUUUGACCCAUGGACCACCUUAAUCCAAACACUAACAAGUAAUUAUUAGUCAUUGAGGUAGGACAAUCAUAGGCCUGUUACUGUUAGGAUUAAGUUAGACGCCCUAGCCCUAUGCCUAUGAUGGGCCACUAUGGCAAAAAUUAAGUUGCGAUUUGUGACUUGUGUGAUUCGAUAGACAAUAAAAGACUAAUAAAUUUAGUACCAAUGACCAAUGUUCAGGUAAGUUAGUAGUGUCUGAAUUAGAGUAUUAGACCUAAUACUUCAUUAUCUUGAUUCUCAAUACUUAGUUGAGACUGCCUUGAGACAAAGUAGUGCUCUUAUAUUAUAUACUGUCUAUUCUAGAGAUUUACAUUUAUUUACUAUUAUUGUAAAAGUAGAUACUUAGUAAAAAAAAUUACAAUUUCAUUAUAUUAUUACGUUAUAAAAGUAUAUUAUAUUACAUUAUAAAAGUAGUACUUUACAGUAUUAGAGUGGAACGAGCAAACUUUAAAAUAAAUUAAAAUAAGAUGUUUUCCAAAGUGUAAGGGAGGAAACAGAACACAAUUAUAUGCCAAACGCUCUUAAUUCAUUAUAAAUUGAAACUCACAUAAAAACAUUAAAAACUUGUAUUUUACUGGGCUGAUGCCCAUUUCUGAUACAAAUUUGCAUUUUAAUCUCCAUUUUUUACAGAAGUUUCUCCUUUUUUCUACUUUUAUUUUUAUUUGGCAAACAGUACCAACAGUAACACUCUUCACUUUAAACUUAAAGAAAUAAACAAUUUGAAUGUUCAACUAGGACAGUGACUUGGGUUUAACCAAAGUCAAAGACUUUUAACUUUUACAGUUUGUUUUGAAUUGAAUAUGGACAACAUGGCAGUGGUAGUAAAUUUCGUUUUUUUAAAAGAGUGCAAGAAUGACAUUUAGCAAGUACCGGUACUCAAAACACUCUAUUUACUCUUCUUUAACUAUUAGUUCUGCAAGUCAGUACUUAAUUACGAUAAAGACUUCACUAAAUUUAAUUUAAAGUCAGAAGUGACAUGAAAUGUUGAUUUUUACUAUAUUGAUUAUUAUUAAUAUUAUCAAACAAAAAAUUUACUUUACCAAUUCUUUCUUUCCCUUAUUUAUUGCCUUUUACAUGAAAAUGAAAUUGUUCCAGUGAAAAACAGAAAUAUUUAACUGAGGUCUGAGUAUCAUUAAUUCAUACUAGGGCUCAAUGAGAGGCAUCUGCAGGUUUUGGAUAUCCCAUUUUUUAAUCACAUGAACUGGACUACUGAAGUAAAUUUUGACAUUCUAAAAUAUUUAAUAAAAUUUUAGUUGGGUUCCACUGAUUAGUCUGCAGAUAUCUAUAAUAUCAAUACAUUGUAAAGACACAACUUGUAAGGGAGCAGCACAUUUUUCCAAUUAUUCUUUUCUCUCAUAAAUACUCAUAUUAUGAUUAAUUUUAUUUAAAAAAAAAUAAUAACAAAUUGUUUACAUUGUUAAGUACUACAUGUACGUAACAAAUUACACUGAUUAUAUUUUAAUUAUUUUUUUUUCAAAUUCUAUUUUAAUAGAAAUCAAAGAGGUCAUCAAAAUCUAAGAAAUCUCCAGAAAAGAGGCUAUCUAUCAUUCUCCCACCUACUAGUAAGCGGGUUAAAGCUUCUUCCCCAGCUCCACCAGCACGUGUAGUAAAAAAAAGAAGACUUUAUAGUAAGGAAGCCCUACAAGCAGCUUAUAAAGCUGUGAAAGACAGCAGCAUUUCUGUAAAUGCUGCUGCAAAACAAUACGGUGUUCCUCUCACCACGCUUCGAGACAGAGUGGAUGGCAGGAUAAGUAUUGAUACAACCAGACCGGGUCCACCACUGCUCAUGGCCAAAGAAGAGGAGUCUGAGAUAGCUCACUUCCUACAAACCAUGGCUCGCUAUGGCUACCGUUAUACACGCCUUGAAUUGGCUGAGAUUGCCACAGAUCAAGCAGUAGAGAAAGGGAAGCGGACACCUAGAUCAAAUGGCUUAACAACGAAAUGGGUAGACAGCUUUAUCAAUCGUUGGCCGGGUAUCAGAGAGUUGAGCUGUAAGUACAAAAACAAGUCAGAUGCAGAACACACUGUGAGAACUUAUUUUGAAGAGAUAAAAAAGAUAAUUGAUAGAUACAAGCUUUUGGAGAAAAGUGACAGAAUAUACAAUAUAAUGGAAAUUCAAUUAUCAACUUAUCAUGGUAUUGCUUCUUCUGGAGCAGGAAAAUCCAAUUAUCAAUUUAAGACAGAAAAUUCCACAAAUACCACUGUGAUAGCAUGUGGAAGUGUUUCUGGCAAGGUGUUGCCUCCAUUCUUUAUAUUCCAAGCGAGCAGACUGCGUCCAGAAAUGCAGAGGGGUUUACCAAGCGAGGUCAGCGCUUCAGUUUCAGAGAAUGGUAAAUGUUCACCUCAAAUUUUCCGUAGAUAUUUAAAUGAACACUUUCUCCCUCAAGCUCAACGUGAAGAUGAUGCCCCUAUCCUAGUACUCAUGGAUGGUUCAAAAAGCCAUGUUUUUGUUGGAAUGAAUGAGUGGGGUCGAGAAAACAAUGUAAUUUUCUCUUUUAUACCAGCACACACAACGCAUCUCCUUCAGCCUCUUGAGGUGGAAUGUGCUGAAGCUUUACAGAAAAAAUUUGAAAGUAUAUGCCAUAAAUAUCUCAAGACUUCAUCUGGUCCUUGCAUCAGCAGAACCUGUAUAGGGGACCUUGCUUGGCAAGCAUAUAGUAGAGUUUUGACAAGGCAUGCUCUAUUGUACUCCUUUAAAAAAGCUGGUGUGUAUCCUGAUAUUUCAUCAGAUGAAAGUGGGGAUGAAAUAGAGAAUGAACAUUCUUACAAAGGGGAUAUAAUGAAAACCGAAGAAAACUCAGAGGUGAGAUUAUAUGAAUUCUCAAUUCUUGUUUAAAAGAUUAUAUAAAACUAGUUUACUGUAACAUUAUGUUAAUAUUUUAUUAAAAACUUUAUUUUAAAUAUUUUAGCAAGGGUUCUUGAGGUUCAAUCUUUAAAAUACAACUUUUACAUGGCAUGAAAUCGGCUUCAACAGACUAUUUAUUAUUUAGUUAACCAUAAUAAUUUGUUAUUUGCUACAGCUCUAUUCAUUUUUUUAAAUUAAACAAUACAUUUAUGAGUUAAUUGUCAUAAUGGUUGUCAACUUGACAAGUUCAUUGAUUCUAUAACUAUAAUAAAGUCACGAUACUGUAAAUAACCAAAUUAUGUAAGAACUUGAUUUAGUGUUGAAUUUAAAUUACUUUGUAACUUCAUCAGGCACAGGAUGAAGUUAUUUUUACAGAGGAUCUGGUUGUUGGUCACAACCAGGAGGUCACAGAGGAGGAGGUGGUUACCACACAAGAGGUUGUCCUCAACGAAGAUGGACAAGCAGAGGAUAUGGUUAUGCUGACACAGAACGGUGAAAUGAUUGUGUCAUCCAAUGGACACAUUGUUAUUCAUGAUGGUGAAAUAUUUGUCAACCGCUCUGAGGGUGGGUUUUCUCACUUUCAGCCCAUUCAGCUCAUUCAGACUGUUGAUGGAGUAGAUCAGCCAUCUCCAUCCAAAUCUGACAGUGAAUCAGACAAAAGUGGCCCCCUAAAGCCAUGCAUAUUGACGGAUGAACAUUUAUUGGGUAAUACUUCCUUUGAUGAGUCGAUGUUGAAUUCGACAGGCACAGGAACAGAUUUAAAUUCCACAGACAAUAGUGGAGAUCAAAGCAACAAUGAAAUUCAUCAUAUGGGUUUAAAACUAGAAAUUCCCAGUAAUAGUAGUGAUCUAGACUCGUCCACUAGCAGUGAAAGUGAAGAUAGUCCUGUUGGGAUGAAUAUUGUUGUUAAACGUGAGGUGAUGUCUGAUAAUUGACUUGCUAGGAUUACUAGGUUAACAGAGAACAAUUUUACUGACGGUUUCUAAAGGUAAAUAAAUUCUUUAAGGAUGUAUAUAUUUUUCUUUGCAGGCAAUGUAUUUAAAACAAUCUGUUAAAAAAAAACACUUAAAUAAUUUUUUGUUUGUUUGCAUAAAUAGUUCAUUGAAUGAUCUUGUAUGUUAUAUAGCCGAUAAGUUUUUUUUUAAUACCAGUGGUACAUAUCUAGUUUCUAUUAUUGUAACUUUAGAAAUGUCUAUACAGUACAAAAAGAUCAAGUCUAACAAGUUACUUUCGUUUUAGAAGACUUAAAGUUGAAACAAAUGAUUUUUUUUCAAUAAGUUUUUAAUGACUUAUCUAUAGCCUCAUUUUUAACCUGCAACUUAGCUGAAUAUGUUAAAAAUCACUAACCACUUCUAGAUUUAUAUCAUUUUUCUUCAUAAUGGAAUGUAUUCAUUAGAUGAAAUUACAUACUAUAUUAUGAAACAGGUAAAAGAUGAGGGUUUUAAAUAGUUCUAAUUCUAAAUAUGGAGGAGGUAGCAUCCUAGUCCUGUUGCAAUACCAUGGGAAUAUAACCACUGAGUUAGCAUCUAUAGUUGAUUAUCAACUUAAAGGGAACACAAGUGUUACAAAUCCUUCAUUGCAAUGGGGUUGAAAAUUGCAUUUUCACUAACAUGAGGGGUCUAUAAUGUGUUAACCAGAACACUAAAAACUCAUUGGUCUAUUAUAAUGUGUUAACUAGAACACUAAAAACUCGGUCUAUUUCUCUUGCUGGAUUAGCAGAUGAGUUGAAAACUCAUGUCUCAUUUGGCCAAGCAACCCUUUUGUCCAAGCAACCCUUUUGUCCAUCUGCUUUUGCUGGAUCAGCAGAUUAGUUUAAAACUCAGUUUCAUUUGCCCCAACAAUCCAUUGACCAUUUGAAAACUCAGAUUCAUUUGGCCAGUUCCCAUAAAAAUCCUCUCCAUCACACUGUCUCAUUGUUAUUGGUUUAAUUAAGUUCAUUUAGGAAGUGAAAUACAAAUGAUGGCUAUCAUCAUAUUAGUAUCAUUAUCUAGAAAUAUUUCCAGGAGUUUGUAACAAUAACUUACAUGUAACUAUUAACCAUUAUCCUUCUGUUCUUGCAGGAAAUUUGUUAAAUUUUAUAUAUGAAACAUUUUUAUUUCAUUCCUAGUGUCUUUCAUUAGAACAGCGACAGAGUUGGAGUCACCAAUACCUUUGUAUAGCAUAGAGUACUAUAAAACUUGAAAGUGAAACAAUUUGCAUUUUUUAAAAAAAAAAGUGUUGAACUUUGAGGCUUGUUUCAUUAUUAUUAUUGUGAUUUAAAUUUGUUGAUGUAAUGAAAUAAAUUGCAUAAAUUAAAAUAAAUAUUUGAUUACCUAAGUCGAAUGUAGUUGAAAUCCAUUGUUUAUGAUUGAAUCUGAAAUUUAAUAUUACUAAUUAAAAUACAUGUUAUAUAAAUUG